AUGAAUACUGUAUGGCUACUAGUAUGGUGUUUAGCGGGUUGUCUGGUAUUUGAAGGUGUAAAUUGUCUAAACAAACGCUGUAUAAGAUGUAGAUCACGAGGAGAACUUGGUUCUUGUGGAGAUCCUUUUCCAACUAACGUCACUGAGCCUGAAACACAAUUAGGAAUUCACAUAGUAGCAUGCCCUUCAGGAUGGUGUGGAAAAAUGAUUGAGGGUACAACUGGUGCAUUUAGAACUGAUGAUUAUGGUGCUGCAACACAAAGAAUGUGUCUCCAAAGAUCUCCGAGCGAUGAUGAAGAGAGAUGCGCAUAUACAAUGUGGAAUCACAGAAAAGUGUAUAUGUGCUUUUGUAAUGGUGAUCUAUGUAAUUCCGCUCACAAACAUUCCUUUAGUCUCUACACUCUUUUAACAAGCUUUUUGGCAUUCACCAUUUAUUACUGUAAGUGUUUUUAG